AUGUUCGCGGUUGUGUCGCUGAUGGUUGGUGGUGUCGUCAUGCGAUUAGCACCCGAAGACGAGAUGAACGCACAAAUUCAUGUGAACGAUCCAAACGAACUGGGCAACCUGAAGAGUGUUCAGGUUGCUAUUGCGGUCACAUUCACGUCUGGAAUCGUUCUGGUGAGUGAUCGAACUGGAUUUGAAAAAUUAUUGACUUGA